UUGCAUUUUUAAUUAAAUUUUUAUGAAAUAUAUAUUUUAUAGAGUUUUCCUAUUAGCUAUUUUAAGUGAAAAAUAAUAUUUUUAAGACAAAAAAGUUUAUGUUCAUGGGUUGUUUAUAAUUAGUUUCACAAGUUGCUUUUGUAAAGUUUUAGAUCCUUUUUCAAUGAAGCCAUAUGAAAGAUGGUUAGCAAGACUGUUACAUAUAUUUUUAACAGCAGUUGUGUUAAUAAUAAUAUUUUUGAAAGAAACAGAAAUGCAUUUUGCUAUUAAUAAUGGUACCCAGUAUUAUGUUGAAGCUUAUUUAUUAUUGGUCACAUUAACUAUAUUAUUAUACUUUGUGUGUAGUUUUCUGGACCCUGGUUAUGUUGUACGAAGGUCUGCUGAUAUUGAGACAGUUGUUAUAUUUCAUUCUAAAGAUGAUGUCGCUGAAUUAUUAAAGAAUGAAGAAGAUGAUGAUUCAGAAACUUCUAAAAUGAUUCAAAAUAACGCAAGAAAUAUUCGAUUACGACAAUGUGGAUACUGUGAAAUAAUGCAGCCAUUACGUGCUAGACAUUGUGAAGAAUGUGGUAGGUGUGUACGUCGCUAUGACCAUCAUUGCCCAUGGAUAGGAAACUGUGUUGGUGAACGAAAUCAUAAGUUUUUUUUUGCUUUUUUAUGUGCUGAAACAGCGUUGAUUGGUUGGUCAACAUAUAUCAUUUUUAAAGCAUUUGUUCCUGAGCUUAUGUUGAAGGAAUGGUUUACAAAAAACUGGAUGUUUUUGUUUAGUAUUAUUUUUUUAAUAAUUUGUGUGAUUGUAUCUGGACUAUUAACAUUGUGUCAUUCGUAUAUGAUGUUUACUGCACAAACAACUUGGGAGUUUAUGUCUCGACCCCGAAUAUCCUAUCUUAAAAUAUUUCCAGAGCAUUACAACCCAUUUGAUAAAGGAUACUUAAUGAAUAUGGUUAGUUUUUUGUGCUAUUGUAAUUAUCAGCAAUGGGAUAAUAUGUAUACAAAACCAUAGUUAUAAAUUUACUUUUUUUGAAAAUUUCUCCUGAA